AACAUCUUCCUUCCGCACUGGCUCUCUGCUGCGUUGCGUUGCUUGCUGUGUUGCGAGGGCGUCUGAUUCUGGCCUUUGCAGUCAUCGUGGAUGUUGUAUGUGUAGCGGAGCUGCCCUGGAGCUGUACCUCAGUUGUACAGGGGUUAAACUUUAGGCUUCGAACCGAACGCCUUACUUGGCACACUAUAAAAUAUCCUCAAGAUGGAUAACAAUUUGAUAGGCUUAGUCAAUCGGAUUCAACGAGCUUGCACGGCUCUUGGUGACUACGGUGGCGAGGGUGCUGUCGCAAGUCUUUGGGAGUCUUUGCCCUCAGUCGCAGUUGUUGGAGGCCAGAGUUCUGGGAAGUCUUCAGUUCUUGAGAGUAUUGUUGGCCGUGAUUUUCUUCCCCGUGGUUCCGGUAUUGUGACUCGGCGGCCGCUUGUACUGCAGUUGCAUAAAACGGAUGACAGAUUCGAGUAUGCAGAGUUUCUUCAUAUGCCCAAGAGACGGUUUACUGAUUUGGCUGCUGUCAGGAAAGAGAUUUCAGACGAAACUGACCGGAUCACAGGGCGCUCGAAGCAGAUCUCUCCUGUACCAAUUCAUUUGAGUGUUUAUUCUCCCAAUGUGGUGAAUCUUACUCUUAUUGAUCUUCCUGGUCUGACCAAAAUCGCCAUUGAUGGUCAAUCUGACAGCAUCGUUGGCGAUAUUGAGAACAUGGUUCGAUCUUACAUUGAGAAGCCGAACUGUAUCAUUCUCGCUGUAUCACCAGCUAAUCAGGAUAUCGCAACUUCGGAUGCUAUUAAAAUAGCGAGAGAGGUGGAUCCACAAGGUGAAAGAACUUUUGGUGUUCUCACCAAGUUGGACCUUAUGGACAAGGGUACAAAUGCUCUUGAUGUUUUAGAAGGACGGUCUUACAGAUUGGUGCAUCCAUGGGUUGGAGUCGUUAACCGUUCUCAGCAGGACAUCAACAAGAAUGUGGAUAUGAUUGCUGCAAGGCGCAGAGAACGGGAGUAUUUCCAAACAAAUCCUGACUAUAGCCAUCUCCAGAGCAAAAUGGGUUCAGAAUACUUAGGCAGGGUACUUUCCAAGCAUUUGGAAGCUGUAAUCAAGUCACGUAUUCCUAGUAUACUCGCCAUGAUCAAUAAGAUGAUUGAUGAAAUCGAGACUGAGUUGAAUCAGAUUGGUAGGCCUCUGUCGAAUGAUGCCGGGGCCCAACUCUAUACCAUUCUGGAGCUUUGCAGAGCCUUUGAUCGCAUCUUCAAGGAGCACCUGGAUGGAUCACGUCCCGGUGGAGAGAAGAUUUACUUGAUCUUUGAUAAUCAGUUGCCAGCGGCCAUGAGAAAACUUCCUUUCGACAAGCAUCUGUCUAUGCAGAAUGUACGAAGGCUUGUGUCUGAAGCCGAUGGAUAUCAGCCACAUCUUAUUGCACCUGAGCAAGGUUAUAGACGCUUGAUCGAGAGUUCCCUCACUUACUUUCGAGGUCCUGCUGAAGCAGUCGUUGAUGCGACGCAUUUUAUUUUGAGGGAACUUGUACGAAGGUCGGUUGGCGAAUGCACGGAGUUAAAACGGUUCCCAAGUCUUCAAGCAGAGCUUGCUCAAGCAGCUAUUGAGGCUCUAGAGAGGAUGAGAGAUGAUGGCAAAAAGACUGCUUUGAGGUUAGUCGAUAUGGAGGCUAGCUAUUUGACGGUUGAAUUUUUUAGGAAACUUCCUCAAGAGAUAGAGAAAGGUGGAAACCCAUCUGCGUCAACAGCAGACCGUUAUAAUGAUGGUCAUUUUCGACGAAUUGGUUCAAACGUGUCAUCAUACAUUGGCAUGGUCGGUGAUACUUUGAGAAACUCCCUACCUAAAGUAGCCGUGCAUUGCCAAGUUCGAGAGGCAAAGCGCUCUUUGCUAGACCAUUUUUACACUCAAAUUGGCAAGCGAGAGGGCAAACAACUUUCAAAAAUGUUGGAUGAGGACCCUACUUUGAUGGAACGCAGAGUCCAGCUAUCAAAGAGGCUUGAGCUCUACAAGCAUGCCCGGGAUGAGAUUGGUGCUGUGGCAUGGGCGAAGUAAAAACAAACCAAACUUAGACAGCCGAGUUUUAAUGCCGUUAAUUAUGCCCAAACUGUGUCGCAUCGUUCUUACUAGGUAUAUAGCCUCCUUAGUCGGCAUUUAGAAGUAGUUCUGUCCUGCUUAUUGGGCCAAACAUUUUGAAAACUGGUAGGUGGGUAGUGUUAUUUUUCCUGAGAGUACAAUACUUAGAACUCAUUCGGCUCUUGGUACUAUUCUUUAAGCAGCCUUUGUUCCAUUGGCAGCCUUUGAAGGCUGAAUUAUCAUAUCAAAUUGCACGAAGUUGUGCAAGUCCCAAAGAAAACUAACGGAUCCUUGCAAAUUCA